AUAUUUACUGAGCGUUUGUCCUCUGUUUAACUGUCGCCCUCUGGCUGUGAGCACGAGAAUCGCCAUUCUUUACAGUUCUUCUCAGAAGAUGGCGGAGGGUGAGCUUAACGUUGACAGCAUCAUCUCCCGACUCUUGGAAGUGCGAGGAUGCAGGCCGGGGAAGAUUGUGCAGAUGACGGAGGCGGAGGUACGUGGGCUCUGCAUCAAGUCCCGCGAGAUCUUCCUGAGCCAGCCAAUUCUGCUGGAGCUUGAGGCACCGCUCAAGAUAUGUGGGGACAUCCAUGGGCAGUACACAGACCUGCUGCGGCUCUUUGAGUAUGGGGGCUUCCCCCCUGAGGCUAACUACCUGUUCCUGGGCGACUACGUGGACCGGGGCAAGCAGUCCCUGGAGACCAUCUGCCUGCUGCUGGCCUACAAGAUCAAAUACCCCGAGAACUUCUUCCUGCUGCGCGGCAACCACGAGUGUGCCUCCAUCAACCGCAUCUACGGCUUCUACGAUGAGUGCAAGCGCAGGUUCAAUAUCAAACUGUGGAAGACCUUCACAGACUGCUUCAACUGCCUGCCCAUAGCUGCCAUUAUCGAUGAGAAGAUCUUCUGCUGUCAUGGAGGUCUCUCUCCUGACCUGCAGUCCAUGGAGCAGAUUCGUCGCAUCAUGAGGCCUACAGAUGUGCCAGACACAGGGUUGCUCUGUGACUUGCUGUGGUCAGACCCGGAUAAGGACGUGCAGGGUUGGGGUGAGAACGACCGCGGCGUCUCCUUCACCUUCGGGGCUGACGUGGUCAGCAAGUUCCUCAACCGCCACGAUCUGGACCUUAUCUGCAGAGCACACCAGGUUGUGGAGGAUGGAUAUGAGUUCUUUGCCAAGCGACAGCUGGUGACGCUGUUCUCAGCUCCCAACUACUGCGGGGAGUUUGACAACGCCGGAGGAAUGAUGAGUGUGGAUGAGUCUCUCAUGUGCUCUUUCCAGAUUUUGAAGCCUUCGGAGAAGAAAGCUAAGUAUCAGUAUGGGGGCGUGAACUCAGGUCGGCCAGUCACCCCCCCACGCACGGCUCAGGCCCCCAAGAAGAGGUGAGCACCUGGGCCGUCCACCAGCACCCCCCAGGACCCCCACCACCCCACCCCAGGGGCAGCACAGCCCCACUGCACCUACCCCUCCUUUCUCUCUCUCCUUCUCUCUCGCUGAAGGGAGUGCAUACAGCCCCCUACACACACACACACACACUCUCUCUCAUACACAAUCCUCACCACUUUCUUAUGUACAUAUAAAAGCGAGAAUUUGCUGUGACUAAUGUUCCUGUUCCUUUGCUUGUUUGUUGGUCAUUUUGAAGGGAUCCAUAGAAAGUGACUGUGGUCUUUGCCAUGAGAUGUGUAGUGCUCUGCCCUCCACUGUUACAAGGUGCAGCAAUAUCAGACUAAAUAGUUCAAGUGUGCGCGUGUGCGAGUGCUCAGUGUUUGGGCACAUGGGGACGACUGUGUUUGUGUGUGUGCUUGUGGAAAGGAUACUUUCCUGCCUUCAAUUAAAGAAAGAGUUGAAAGACGAUGUGUGUGUGCGCGUGCGCGUGCGUGUGUGUGUGUGUGUGUGUGUGUGAGUGUGCCAGGAUAAGAGGGAGGGGGUAGGGGCCUUGGUGAGGAUGGUUCAGAGUCCUUGACUGUAUUUAAAAUGGCAGUUCCUUCCAAACAGAUAUCCCCCCUUCCCCCUAUUCGGAAGGGGGCAAGAACCCCCCCACCCCCCUCACCUCAGCCAGUGGGUACAUCUCUAUUAGCUCCAUGUUUGUUCUCUUUCUAGUUGGCGCAGGCUCUUAAAGCCCUGGCCCUUAAGGUACCCCACACCACCCCCCUCCUGCCCCCAGACUCAAGAAUGUUAUCUCUCCUCUGGAGAUGUGUUACCAUUCAGCUCCUGAGACGACGAAAAAGAACCAAGUGUACAUAUAAACCAAACCACUCAUAAGAACCAUACAUUCACCCUAAACAGAUUAACAAAACUAAGAAAUAAACAAAACAAACAAACGAAAAAAGAAUGUAGUUGUCACUCAUUGUAGAUGUGUCGUUUUGAUUUAAGCCUGUGCAUUCACACUGGCAGGAGACUCCAGGGAGGAGCCUGUGGUAGGGCGAGGACUAGUACAAAGGUCAGACAGUAGGCCCCUCUGCAGCUCACCACAAGCCCCCUGCUCCGCUCCACUCCCAUGCCUGAGGAGGUUGUUAGACCUCAGGGUCAGCUCCACUCCUCUCCCCUGCCUGAGGAAGUUGUAGACCUCAGGGUCUGCUCCUGUGCCUGCCUUGCCAGGGUGAAUGCACUUUGGAGGCCAAGGCUGAAGAUGACACGCGACCAUACCAUGAGAAUCAUAGCAGCGUACACAUUAGGAGCACAGUGUUGUUCUUCUUACAUCACAUAGUGUACCUAAAUGAACUGACAGUGGUGUUGCGUUGUCACCACCACCAAGGAUGUGAACGAUUCUUGAAAGUGAACGUAGAAAUUGUGGGAGGUAGAUUGUUUUCUUUUUUUCGUUUUAAAAUGAGUUGUGCAGAGAGCUUCCCACUUGUUAAAGUAUGUGAGUUCAGAUGGGGGGAUGUGCUCGUGGUUGCCUGAACGGCUCUUGGUAUUCAGGCAGGACAGGCCUUCCACGUCCUGACUCCUAUGUGUCUCUUCAGGCACUUAGAGAGGAACUAAAAUAUUUGGUGAGGACGUUAAUGAGGAACAGCAAUUGAGUUGAGUCAUCGGUUUAUCAGACUUCAAUUCAGAUAAUACUUCCUCAGAUCUCACGUCCAAUAACAUACAGAGACCAGAGUAUUCAUAUUGUGGAAUAGGCCUUUUAAAAUGCUGACAGAGCAAAUACUGCACUAGGCCCAAAUUGUUAUGGUCAGGUGUUGAAGCAUUCGGUCCUCGUCAGUGGGUCUGAGGUAGACAUGAAAUGGGUAAAACUGAUUCCUGGUCAGAUGUGUUGGUCAUCAUGUCCUCUUCAGCCUUAGUCUCCACUAUCAAUCCUUCAGUCUCCACGCACAUUUGUGCCAGUGACAAGGAAGCAUCGUCCGUCUCGUAAGGUCUUUUUUCAGGCUUUAAUUUUAGAUUUUGCCGUAUGCCUUGUUUUAUUCUAUUAAACCUAACACUUCCGGGUGAGAAAAUGUAAAAGUGUUUUAAAUUAAAAAAUGAAGAAAAAAAAAGUCAGUUUUGAAAUUUGUACCAGUUUGUUUCAGACUCUUUGAGUGGAAUAAAUGGAACUGUGCUGUCAA